AGCAAAAAUGCCAGUGUUGAUUUUUCAGUGUUAGUAGAAUUCAACAGAGUUCCGAGUUAGUUCAACACUUAAUCGAGUUAAAAUAACACAUCGGGAGUUGAUUCCUGAAAAGUGUUGGUGUGGAUUUUAGUCGUUACUGCAUUUUAACACUGUGGGUGUUAAAUUAGACCACACCUUCAUUUCCUGUGGAGCUUCGCAUUUCAGAAUCUUCGGUCGCCAUUUUUUCUUGCUGCUGCGGUGGUGAUAUACUGGUUCCUGAGAAGAGAUGAAGAAAUCAAAGUCAGCUUUUCAAGACAGCCCCAAGACUCUUCGCAACUUGUGUUCAAAUGUGAGGCUGUUGUCAGGUGAUGAAUGCAAGGAAGAGGCACUCAACUGACAUGAAACAUGUCAAAGACAACAUGAAGGUGACAUUUCAACAUAGGCAAAAAGUGGUUCAAGAACCUGCCACAGCUUCUACUGUCCUGGACCUUAUCCCAAGAUUUCUGGAUACACCUGGCUUGAUUGACCAAGACUUCACAAUGCUGUUUGUUGGGGAGGAAGUGUCUGCUAAGUUCCUUGCAAAGUGGCCAGCCAAGCCAAGGAUCAUCAAAGAUUGCAAAAAUCUGUCUCAGAGUACAGAAUUGGAUGAGCUGCUCAUUUCUGCACAGCGUUACUCUGACGAGGGUGGUAAGUUUUGGGACUGCGAGGCGGCUGCCAGCUUUUGCUGCUUCACUUGUACCUCCAACAUCUAAGGGAGGGAAGUCUUCAAAGAUUAGCACAUCAGAUGCUGCUCACCACCUAAUGAAAUUCAUCAAGGUGGGAGGUAGCACGGAGGCUUUUCUUAAGGCUGGCCCCACUCAGCCAUUCGUCCUGUGUGUUGGAGAAAGAAAGAACAUCGUCCAGAGUUUCUACAUUGUCCUAGAUCAAAAGGUCAUUCCCUGUGUGACACAGAUGUGAGUUGCAGGUUUUGACAAGGCAAAACAUCUCAAGGCACAUUUAUUUGCCGUGUCCUUUGACAAGGCAUUGGACAACUUCUACACAUUCAUCCAGACCACCGUGUAUGGCAUUGAUGUUGGCAGCGUGAAGGAGAAUCCUCGGGUCAGGGAAACAAGAGGAAGUCUUCAUUGUACAGUUUAAAGAUAUCCACUAUUCAGCACUUUGACUGGAAAUGUUCAUCUGUUACAUUUGCAAGAUACACCACACAAGUUGCUCAGUGUUAUUUAGACAUUUGAAGUUCCAGCAUGGUUUGUACCCAGGAAGGUUUUUACGUUUGACCUGUGGAGAGCCUGGAUGUUCAUUUAUCUUUCGCACGUAUUCUGGUUACAAGCGGCACUUAUUCCGAGCACAUGGAGACUGUCUUCACUCUGAGGUCAUCAAUAAUUUUGAGCCUGUACCUAACGAUGGAACCUCUGUUUCACAGCCUGUAAAUGUGGCUCAUCCCAUGACAAUUACUACACAGGUUCCAGUUGAAAAAAGGCAAAUACUGAACAUGUGCAGCUCUGUUAUUGCUCAGGUACAAUCAUCAGGAGUUCCUGAAAGUACUGUGCAGUGUUUAGUUGGUUCAUUGGAGGAACUCGUUAAUGACAUCCAUGCACAUGCAAAACAAUCUGUUGUUGACUGUUUGUCAACUGAUAUAUCAAGAGAAACCUUAGAAAAAGUUGAGGAUUGCUUUGAUCAGCUUGAAAAUCCAUUUUCAUGUCUUAACACAGAAUCAAAGGCUACGUUCACACUGCAGGUCUUAAUGCUCAAUUCCGAUUUUUUGAUCAAAUCCGAUUUUUUUUGUCUGCUUGUUCACACUACACAUAAAAUGCGACAGCAAACAUGCUGCAGUGUGAACGGUUCACGGCCCUCAAAGCGACCCGCAUGCACAAAAGAAGCACAACACGCUCUGUUUACGGAAGUAAAAAUGGCGGCUACAGAGCGAGUAGGUGUUGUUGCAGCAGUUUGUCAAUUUAUGCAAAGUCGUAACCGACAGAAUCUUGACAAAUUAAUCAGAGAAAGGAGGACGCUGAGAAAAAAGAGAGUCCGUGCUUUAACAAUGGCCUUGUUUGGAGCAGUGGCUGCUACCGCCGUGCAGAGGUAUAUAUGGACACGGAGUCGGAAACAGGAGUGGUGGGAUUGGGAUGUGAGAGGCUUCACUGACACAGAGUUCAUCCACAAUUUCAGGAUGUCAAGACAAACAUUUGAAUAUCUCUGUCAGCUCCUUUCAGCAAGAAUGCUUAGACAGGAUACUCAUCUCCGCCAAUCCAUACCUGUGAGCAAGCGCGUUGGAAUCGGGCUGUAUUGGCUGGCAACAGGCGCAUGUUAUCGGACCAUGUCAAACCUGUUCGGAGUUGCCAAAUCCACAGUUUGUUCCAUCGUCCAUGAAUUUUGCUUUGCAGUCCGCUAUGUCCUCAUGCCUGAGUACAUUAAAUGGCCUCGAGGAGAUGACCUGAUACAAGUUAUUGAAGGCUUCAGACAGCGAUGGGGGUUCCCACAGUGUGCCGGAGCAAUAGAUGGGAGUCACAUUCCCAUCACUGCUCCUGAGGACAAUCACUGUGAUUAUUUUAACCGCAAAGGCUGGCACUCUGUCAUCCUUCAGGGCGUCGUCGACCAUCAAUUCUGUUUCACUAACAUCUACACUGGAUGGCCAGGAAGCGUUCACGAUGCCAGGGUUCUCAAGAAUUCUGAGAUAUACACAAUGGCAGAGAGAGGGGAGCUAUUUCCACCAGUUACAGAAGAAAUCAUGGGUGUUGAAGUUCCAGUCAUGCUGCUCGGUGACCCUGCAUAUCCCCUGCGAAGCUGGCUGCUGAAGGGAUACGCAGAUACAGGAACCCUAACUGAAGAACAACAAUACUUCAACCAGAGACACAGUAGAGCCAGGAUGACAGUGGAGUGUGCAUUUGGCCAACUUAAGGGUCGGUGGAGGUGCCUUGGGAAACGUCUUGAUGUGGACAUCCACACUGUUCCCACAAUAAUAGCUGCAUGCUGCACACUCCACAAUGUGUGUGAAAAACAUGGUGAAGCCUACAAUGAAACUGAUAACGCUGAUUUGCGUGAUUCUAGAGGUACCGAAGGAGGCAUCUUACCAGAUGUUCAGCCAAUAAGAAUCAGAGAGGUGCUGACCCAAUUUUUUAAAAGCCAUGGUUUCAUCUCAUUGUCAAUAAAUUUGAGCUUGAUGUUUAAGUGAUGCAUUCACAAAAUUUAAAGUAAAGCA